AGUAGUCAUGGUCGUAAGCUACUUUUAAUUUUAGAACAUAAACUUACAUUUCUGUCGGUAUUACUAUUAACACAGGAUGACUUAAAAAGAAGAAGAAGAUGUCAGAUAUCAUAGAGAAGACGCUUGCUUCGCUACCUAAGCUGUUCUCUGAUGGCCCUCGAGGGUCUCCAGGAGAAAAGACUAUGCCUCAGAAAAAAAUAAUGGGGCGAGCAUUUCAAGGCUUCCUGUGCAGCGUCAGUAGAUGUCGCAGUCUAACGGAAGAGAAAACUUUCAUUACACAUGAGCUGAAGCAGAUUCAAGAGAGUUUGAACAGAACAGAUGUUUCACAGGGCACGGUGGGUGAAUUGCUGUUUAGGCUGGUUUACUGCCACUUGUUGGGAUACGACGUCUCCUUUGGUUUUAUUCACACCAUCAAACUCGCCCAACAGGGCACUGGACUUGAGAAAAGAAUGGGCUACAUAGCAGCUAUCCUUCUACUUCACCAGGAUCAUGAACUGAGCCUUUUGCUGAUGAACACCAUUCAAAAGGACCUGCAGAGCACCAACAUUCUAGACAACUGUAUUGCCCUGUCUGCAGUCUGCCAUCUUGUUCAGUCAGAUGUUGGGGUUGUUUCCAUGAUGUUGCCUUUAGUCCAGAAAAAAUUACAACAUCCCAGGGAGCUGGUGAGGAUGAGGGCGGCCUGUUGUAUCCUCAGGUUUAUCAGGCUGACCCCCAGCUACCAGCGCCAUCUACAGGAGAACUGUAGGAAGCUGCUCUAUGACAAAGAUCCAGGGGUCAUGUCCAUUGGAGUCAAAAUACAGCUCCAACUGCUCAAAAGUGGACUUCAGAGCAUCGAGACGUUGACCUCUGACCUCUGCAGUAUUCUACAACAGAUCAUGAACAGAAGUCUCCCAUCAUCCUUUGAAUAUCAUGGCAUUCCAUUACCAUGGUUACAAAUAGACAUUCUCAGAGCUCUAGCCUGUCUUGGCAGAGAAAACAAGAAAAACAGUGAGAGUAUGUACCCUCUGCUGAGGGAUCUGUUGGACAAGUUUAAUACCAAGGCAAGGAUGUCAUACGCUGUGAUGUAUGAGUGUAUUGUGACUAUAACCAGGAUAGUGCCCCACAGAGCUCUCCUGACUGAAGCCAGUGUCAGGGUCAAAAGGUUCAUCGGCUCCACUAGCUAUGUGCUCAAGUACAUAGGUGUGAAAGCACUGACUCACUUGAUAGCUGUGAGCCCGGAGAGCAUCACAGACUGCCAGAUGAUUGUUGUAGAGCUUCUUGAAGACCCAGAUCCAGCCAUCCAAUCAAAGACUGUUGACCUUUUGUUCAGUAUGGCCAAUGAGAGCAAUGUCAAGGUGGUUUGUAGUAAACUGAUAGAACAUCUGGCUCGUCCCAGGAAAGAUUUCAGUGAGUCAGAACUCAUAGACAGGAUUCUCACUCUCACAGAAAAUAGAUACAGCUUAGAUGGUGUUUGGGGCUAUGACAUGGUCCUGACAAUCCUGAGAGAGGAGCGCAGCGGUCUGCCCAGGGACAUGGUGGACCGAGUCCUGAACCAGCUCUCACAGGUCUUGAACUAUCCCCGAGACACCAGUAGGCAGGUACCGGAGGCAGUACAGAGCCUGGUCAAGAAAUCUGUGCAGGGGCUAUUCCAGGAAAACUGCUCAAAAGAACUGGUCAAAAUUGCAUCAUGGGUACUGAGUGAGUGCUCAUAUCUGCUGAAGAAUAUGCCUGAUGACAAAGUUAUGUCCCUUCUACAGAAACAGUUUUUGAGACAGUCCCUUGACACAUUGACUCGCCUGUGGAUCCUGUCAUGUGUGACGAGUCUGUUGUGUGGGGGGAUAGUGCAGCCAGGCGUGGUAACGAAGGCAGUGAGGGACAUGAGAGACCAGUGUGUGAGCUUCUGUGACACGACACAAGAUUACACUCUGCUACAGAAGCUGCUGGAGUGUGAGAGACUGUGUGCCAGACCACUGACAGUGGACCCCCGGGGACGGGACCUGACACAGUUUGAUUUCACCCUCUCCUAUUUGGAUGACUUUGUAUGUGAUUCUUUAGAAGGGGAGACAAAACCAUACAUACACAAAAAUCUAAGAAUGUCUCCACUCAAAGUUGAUCCCCUGUUUUCUGGGUUUGCUGAGAAUGCAGGGAGUGGAUCUGUGGCAUCAGAUUCCUCAGGAAAACCAACAAAGUCGGCCACCUCAGACUCAAAAAAUGUUGAUCUGAAGCUAGAGGGGGUCAGCAGGGUUUGGGGAGAGGAGGGUUUUCUGGAACCGGAUCCCAGUGUCGUGGAUAGUCAUCACGCAGAAUCUGACCAGAAACAGAGGGAACUAGAAAAGAAACAAGAACUUGCAGCGGCCCUUUUCAGUGGAUUUCACAGUCAGAGCAAGAGUGAUGCACAAGAUAAAGAGCGGAAAGACCUGUGGUCAGAAGAUGUUCCUUUAAACUUGAAUUCUACCUCUCUUGACUGGAGAGCUCUUAGUGCUGAAGAGUCUGAGAGGAAAGGAAGCUCCACAGAGGAGAUGGACAGACAGGAAGCAGACAGACAGGAAGCAGACAGACGGGAUCCAGGCAGUGUUCUACUAGAUCUGUCAGACCAAGAGAAAUCAACAGAGGGCGUGUUGUCACAGGAUCCUCUAUCUGUUGAUGACACAGAACAUGUUCAGCAAGGACAUGAACAAUCCUGUGGUGAGAGCCAGGAUAGUAAAACCACCACACACCAACAUGAACAAUCUGUUGGACUUAGUGUGAACCAGGAGGGGGGAGGGGGGAUACAGGGUAUGAACUAUUUAAGCAGAGAACCGCCGCCAUUAAGUUUUGAGAGUUUCCCAGAGGACAGAAUCCAGGACAGCAGUGAACAGUUUAGUGGUCUGUACGAUGGGGUGGAGGAGGAGGAGGAGGACGACUCAGAGAGUCAGGGGGACAGUGUGUACAGUCUCAGUCAACUCGAUCUGGACACGGUCCGAGUCCGGGGUGAGGUGCGUGGGAGUGGCGCGGUGUGUGAUUCAGACAGUGAUGGUGGCAGUAGACAGGGGAGUGAACUCAGUCUGUACAGUCAGUACCAGGUUCUGGAGGACAGCCACGACUCGGAACACAAUGAGAAAGUCAGCUAGGGAGUUUAAAUGAUUAGCUCAAUUACUAUUAAUGAUGCAAAAUAAAUAAAUAUGGCAUUUCUUGGGGUUUUUUGUGGAUGCAAAUUUUUGCAUUUUGAUUCCAAACUUAAUAAUUCUAUUUAUUGCAAUUUCAUAAAUGACAAUAUAAUAUUACUUUUGGUGACUGAAUUGUAUGCAUUUUAGUUGAUACCAGAAAAAUGAACAAACAAUUAGCACCAAUUAGGCAUUAUUUAAUUAUAAGCAAUAUUUUGUAUAUGGAAACAAAUGAUCCACGGUAUGCGGUUAUCUGUGAUAUUGCUGUUUUAAUGUUACUGUUUAUUUUACAUAAGUCAACUUUAUCUGAAUAUGUUCCAUGUGUUAAAUGUAUAUCUUGAAUGUUUAUUUCAAAAUAAAUCAUUCAUCUUUGAACAAAUUAAAUAUUAUCCUAUAUU